AUGAGGUUAGAAGGUAAUCAUGAAUCAGAUUUGAAUGAUCGAAUAGAAUUUGCAUAUUGGAUUUUAGCAGUUGGAGAUGGUAUGAUUGGUAAUUCAGUUGAUGGAAUUGGAAAAGUUCCUAUACCUGAUGAUGUUCUUAUUAGUGAUUGUGAAGAUCCUAUUUCUGCCAUUGUUAACAGAACAUAUCCAGAUUUUUAUUCACAUUGCAAUGACGUAACAUACUUACAGAAAAGAGCAAUUCUUGCUCCCACGCUUGACAUGGUAGAAUCAAUCAAAGAACAUAUGGUAUCGCUCAAUCAAAGUGAAGGAACAACCUUCUUCAGUUCAGAUACAAUAUGUCUUUCAGAAGAGACAUUUACAGGUUUGGAACAAGUACAUACUCCUAAAUUUCUGAAUACUAUAAAAUGCUCUGGAAUACCAAAUCACGCCAUCACUUUAAAAGUUGGUGUACCCGUAAUGUUAUUGAGAAAUAUAGAUCAAUCUUCAGGGCUUUGUAAUGGAACAAGAUUAAUUAUCACAAGAAUUGGAAAUUGGGUUAUCGAGGCGAAAGUCUUAUCAGGACAAACGAUUGGACAAAAGGUUUUCAUACCAAGAAUGUCACUGACUCCGUCUGAUUUAAGAAUACCCUUUAAGUUUCAAAGAAGGCAGUUUUCAAUAGUUGUAUCAUUUUCCAUGACUAUCAAUAAGAGCCAAGGACAAUCUUUAUCUUAUGUUGGGCUAUAUUUGAAGAAAGCAGUGUUCACACAUGGCCAGCUAUAUGUUGCACUAUCACGGGUGACACGAAGACAAGGAUUAAAGAUUUUGACAUAUGAUGAUGAAGGAGAAGUUUCAAAGGAAGCAACUAAUGUAGUGUUCAAAGAAGUUUAUCGUAAUUUGAGUGUAGAUUGA